UGGAGGAAACCGCAGCCCAGUCCGCCGCACGGAUGAGCGCCGUGUCAGUCGGCCAGCGGGAUAAUAUGGAAUAUUUGCACAGAGCAAACAGCCAAAUCCAUUCGCGGAGACGGAAAAAGAGACCACUGUAGCGGCGCAAAUUAGAAAAGCGGACCGUUUCUUCUGUCUUUAUGGCUUCUGGCUCCGGGGAUGAAGGGGGAAACGCGGAAAGCGGCUCAUGGAGGCUCAUAGGCCCGGCCUCGGAGCUUUCCAAGAAGCGAUGCCGACUAAUGUACUCCUCUCUCGGCUACGACUCUGACGUUUGCCUCUUUUACGUGAAGGGGGAGUUUUUUGCGAUGGACGCCCGCUGUUCGCACUCCGGUGGUCCUCUGUGUGAGGGGGACAUUGAGGAAGCUGAUGGAGUCCUGCAAGUUUUCUGCCCCUGGCAUGACUAUGAUUUUGACCUCAGAACUGGGAAGUCGGGGACAUCCUUACAGCAACAAGUGUAUGAAGUCAAGCUGGAUAACGGGAACAUUUAUGUGAAGCAUGCAAGUCCUCUCUCCUUACAACCUUUUACAGCAGAUCAGAAAAACUGAAAAACCUCCACCAGCUGCUCCAUCCUCCAGCUCUCCGUGAGACCUGUGAGCCCACUCCGCUAUUUUUAAGCCUUGUUCCACAAGCUCGAGCCAUCUGAAAA